GGCUGCAGUCGCGCGCAGGGCGGGCGAAGCGAGCGGCGGAGCGGGCGGCGGCCGUCCCGGCGGGGCAGCUCCGGGCGAGGCGCGAAGCAUGGCGCUGUCCGUGCCGGUCAACGGGCUCAAGGAGGGUGACAAGGAGCCCGUCAUCGAGCUCUUCGUCAAGGCUGGCAGCGAUGGUGAAAGCAUAGGAAACUGUCCUUUUUCUCAGAGACUGUUCAUGAUACUUUGGCUGAAGGGAGUGGUGUUUAGUGUCACAACAGUUGACCUGAAGAGAAAACCAGCAGACCUUCAAAAUUUGGCUCCAGGCACUCAUCCACCCUUUAUAACUUAUAAUGGUGAGGUGAAAACAGAUGUGAAUAAAAUUGAAGAGUUCCUGGAAGAAGUUUUGGCUCCACCAAAGUACCUAAAACUUUCUCCAAAGCACCCAGAAUCAAACACUGCUGGAAUGGAUAUAUUUGCCAAAUUUUCUGCAUUUAUAAAAAAUUCUAGACCAGAGGCUAACGAAGCCUUAGAACGUGGCCUCUUGAAAACCCUCCAGAAACUGGAUGAAUAUCUGAACUCUCCUCUUCCUGAUGAAAUAGAUGAAAAUAGCAUGGAAGAUAUUACAAUUUCUACUCGCAAGUUUUUGGAUGGCAGUGAGAUGACAUUAGCAGACUGCAACCUGCUACCCAAACUACACAUUGUCAAGGUGGUGGCCAAAAAAUAUCGCAACUUCGAGAUUCCCAAGGAAAUGACAGGGAUUUGGAGAUACCUGACAAAUGCUUAUAGCAGGGAUGAGUUCACCAAUACCUGUCCUGGAGACAAAGAAAUUGAAAUAGCUUACAGUGAUGUAGCCAAGAGACUCACUAAGUAAACAACACUUACAAAAGAGAUGACUUCUUACAUAUUCCGUAAUAAUGCUUCUAACAGACUGCUCUUUUCAUAUAAGAUAGCAUUUUUUUUGCAUGAACUUGCAGUUAUUCAAACUUAAUGGUGGAUAGACCAGGUACAGUAAUUACCUAAAUUUUGCAGACAUAAUUAUACACUUGUUUUUCCUUACCUCUUUUCAUAGCAAGUCUGAAUAUCAUUAAUGCAGUUAUGUUAAUGUUGCACUGGGAUAACUCUAGAUUCUUAAAUAUGAAGAGUUACCUUGCCUCUGCUACUUUUCCUUGCAAACAUUUGGUCCCUGUCUAUGAAUUGGUCUAGGAUACUGUCUUGCUAUAUGGUACCAGGAAUAUUUAUGUAUUUUGGAAUUUAUUGCUUUUCCAGAAGAUUUAUACACAUUUGUCAUAUCUACAACACAUUGAACUGUACCUGUUCGUUUAUCCUCUUUGCAUAUAGAAGAAAAGCCAUUUGCAGAAUAUUUGGCUUUAAACAAAACAAAACAAACAAACAAAAAAACCCCACAUGUUUCUCUUGGAUUUGAAAUCACAGUGAUGGUUGAGAAUGGACUCAAAUGUGAAACUCCAAUUUGAAUGACCUCAAACAUCAGGAAGUUUGAAUCUAGGCUUGUGCACUAUAGCCAGAAGCUCGCAGAUCAGAGCUAGCAUUUAGUUAUGUCUUCAAGAGUUUGAGAUUAAAAAAUAAAUAAAUCAUCAGCUUACACUUGCCCCGAGUUCUGAGUUGCAGCGAAUAACUGUCAGGAUGCCCUUUAACAUCAUGAAACAAAAAGAACUGGAUGCUUGCCAUCUGUUCACCUUAAAAAUUGCAAGUGGCUUUCAUUUUGGUUGUUAAGAGCCUUUAUUUUGUAUAGGUCUUUCCGGUGAUAUUUACUUAAAAAUCUUUGCUGUUGUAAACAAAACAUGUAAACAUUAGUGUCAUAGUUUAUAGAUAGCUAUUGUAUAUGGUGAAUAGCAGUGCAAUGAUUAGUAAUAUAAAACUGAACACUGACAGCUGUUAACGUUGGAGUCUUUCUGAGAACUUUCUUAAGCUGUUUUUUUGUUUAUUUUUUGAAGAAAGCUAAAGUGACCUUUAAAGAUAACAUUUGCCUUAAAUUAUAGUAUCCCUUUUUUUUCUGAAAGGAAACUUAUUAAUUUCUCUUAUAAAGAAAUGGUGCGUGAAAAUGAGUCUGUACAUUGAAUUUAUCCUGAUUGCUUAUCUGUGCACCUGGAUUGCAAUUUUGCAUAAUCAUAAUCAUUGCACUACUAUACAUAAUCUUUUUACAGCAACACUGAGGAAUAGCACUGCAUUUUUUAAAAAACAAUUCUCAAAUAUUUCUAAACCAGGUGAAUAAUUUUCUUGUUUAAGAUUAAAGAUUUUGAUGCAUGAAAUAAAUUGCUAGGUUAUUUUUUAAAAGGCCAUCAUAAACAACUCCAAAGAAAGCUAGACUUAUAUACCUAUUUUUUUUGUAAAGAUACUUUUAUAUUUAACUGAUUUUAGAAGCUGGAAAGUGCUAUUCCUGUUAGGUUGUUCUUGGAAUAUUUAUCGUUUUGCAAUAACAUAAAAGUGCUCACAUAAACACUUUUAUACACUAAUUUUUUUUGGUAAGCACUGGUUUUAUGAAAACCAGCCUGACUUUUCUAAGCAUCCUGCUUUUACUACUUUAUAUACCCAUGAUGUUAGCUUGACAUAGAAAAAGUAGUGUAAAAGAUCUGUAUUUGUAUACAUGGCUUGUGGUGCCUUGUCUUUCCUUCCUAGAACUAGAAUUGCAAUAUAAAGGCAAUUAGCAAUCCUGUUACAUGUCUUUCUAAGACAACCAUAGAUACACUUAGACCCUAUUAUAACUUACUAUAGGAGUGUUGAGGCACAGAAGGUAAGUUCUGCAGGGUGACCUGGUUAGGAAGAAUUAACUGUAGCCUUUUAAUAAUUACUGUAUUCUAACGUCAUGUUCUCAUCCUGAAUAAAGUUUCUCAGCCAUAAUAAUUCUUCGUAGGGGUUCAGUCUUUGAUACGUGGCAUCUAGAAAAAGGAAUGACAUCCUCUUCUGUUAGAGAAAAGCAUUUUUAAUAACACAUAGAGUUAAAAAAAAAAAAAAAAGGAAAAUAAAAAAAGCCUUCAUUCUUUGGGUGCUCCUUGCCAUCCUGUAGUUAACCUUUAAAAACGGUAUAGGAAGCAAAGUCAUUGUGGGCAUAGUUUUGUUAAAUUUUAACCCUGCUUUAAAACCUAUAUCAUGAUGGCCCUUAGAAGCUGUCUGAGGUUGUAGUAAUCAGGCCUUGCUCUUUAUGAAAGCAAAUUAGCCGUUGUGUGCAUGCUUCAAUGCACCAGGCAACUCUGUGCAUAUGAACAUGAAAAUGCUUUCAUGCAGUUUUCUAGCGUGUGCUGCCUGCAUAUCAAUGCACACAAAUACUUGUUGAAACACCAGACACAUUGUCUUGUGUAGAUAAUAUAUUCUCUCUACUUUUUAGGCGAUCUUCAAACACUUGUAAUACAUUAUAUUCAGCAUUAAAUAUUUUAAUGAUUGUGUCUGAAAGCUUGUAAACAAAGUUGAAGCUCUUGCUGUAAGUAAUGUAUUUUUUAUCUCAGUACAAUGCAGUGUUGAGUGUUAGAGUCUUUCCCUUAUAGGUGUAAUUCAAAUGAGGGCCAGGUUAGUAAUUUCUAGGGCGAUUACCAUAUGAUAGCUGUUAACUGUCCAACAUGAAAGGAAUUGGUAACUUUCUGGCUUCCUAUUGCACAGCUUCGUUGUGUUGUGGCAGAAGCUGGCCAGCCUCUUGCUGGCUUCAGCAGAGUCCAGGAAUCUAAUGGAGAGUGAGCUGCUUUCACCUUUGUAGGUGAUCUUUUCAGAGCAGCACGGUAUAACUAGGGUGGUGUGUAAAAGCCUUAGCGUCUGGUGUGGGUAGAGCACUUUCAUCUGGCCCCAAUCACCAGCCCCACAUUAAUUAAAAAAGCUCUUUCAUAACUAUGUAAAUUCUUGACUUCUGUCAACUUGUUUACAAUCUGAUCUUUAAAUGCAUUUUUAAUUUCAUCAAACAGCAAUUAAUCUACCCCCUGUUUAAAUUUAAAAUGAUGCUUCUAGCCCCUUCUACAAUUUAAAAGCAGCAGUUGCCCUUUCAAGUAGGCAUUCCAGUUUGCAAGUUGGUUGCGUGUAUUAGCAUGCCGAAUAACUUGCUCUAUUCUCAAGCUGAAAUAUUCUUAAUUUUCCAUUAAAACAGGUGACUUCUGUUUCCUGAACAUAAAGGGAAAAUCCAUCAUCUUCACCCUGGCUUUGUGUGGGAGAACAGAUUAUAGUAUGUGCAUGAUUUUUUUUCUUAACAAAGCUUUACUACUUGAAGAGAUUCCUUAUGUGUACCCAGUUGCCUGUUGAACAAGAGGCAUGCGAACUUCUGAAAAAGUUUCAUGCACUCCAAAACUUUCCUAUCCAUCUACUGUUCACUGCUGGUCUGUGUAAAUGUCCCUCAUUGACAGUCACAGCCACGUAGCUUGUAUGUUUGCAUUUUCCCAUAAAAUUAGUGUUUUUUCCACAAUGGGCAUGUCUAAACUGAUUGAGAGUUGCGUGCAGUUCCAUGAUAAGAAGAGAGAUGUAAUCAAGUUUUUAUGCUAAAGUAGCAAAUUAGCAUUUCAUAUCAAAGAAACACAGACAUGAAUAAAUUGAAGAUGCCUGAGCCAAACCCACUGAUGCCUAUCUUAAUGUAGAACAAAAAGUGGCUAAGUACAGUCAACUUUUUUUUUUUUUUUUUUACUCUUUGCCACUCAGAAUACUAUCUGAACACAUCCAAUUAAUAUCUUCAGAAGAAAGCUUUAUCCCAAGUGAAAAAUAUUUCAUCUGCCUCAGAACCUGUGCCACUAUUGCAUUUUGUUUCUGGAGGGAGGAGGUGUGAGGAUGGGAGAAGAGUGGCAGAAUAGGAUAUAGACUCCCAAGACAAGAUACAAAAAUUGGAGCAUUGUUUGCAGAAAUACUUGAGUUGAUACAAUUUAUUGUAGUUUGCUUAUGUCUUUCACCCUCUUGAUCAUCUUUUACAGAUAUACCAGUAUACUGCUGGCAGCUAUUGUUAAAAAUAAAAUUAUAUUUUCACUACCGA